UUCAUUUUGUCCAUGUGUUCUUCUUUACACCACAUUGGACAAUUUUCUUGAUAAUGCCAUGUGUCCCUAAUAGUGAUCCAAUGGCCACAGUUUUUUCCAUAGAAUUGGGAAUUCAAAAACGAUUAAUGGCCAUGAUUUGGUGUGAUAUAGUCCACAAUAAACCCAUAAAUAUAAGAUUUCAAGUACAGUUCAAGAAGCUUGCCCCUCUCAAGACUACAUUUCAACAUGUCUUCGCUCAACACUAGUUUAGUUCAUAGAUAGUUCUUAUAGUGACUUUGCAACCUUUUUUUAAUAAGUGUAGAAGAGAUUCAACUCCCUCAAUGGGUUCUUUAUUUUUGUUGUUUUUGGUUAAGUUAGCUCCAAUAGUUAAAUUUAAUAUAGUUGUUCUCUUCCUGUUAGCAAACUUUGUUUUUUUGUCAGUAAUUUACAUUUCUAUCUAGUUGCCCAGAUUUAGUUUUUUCUUUGCUAACAAGUUUAUGUUUCAAACUUUAGUUGUAAUUAAUUGUUCUUAAGUUU